UAAUAAAACACUAGUUGAAAUUAAAUAUUCUUUCCAUUUCUAAUGUUGUAGAUUUUUUUUUUCUUUAUACUAAAUGCUAUUUUCAAAAUUAAUGUAAAAUUAUAAGGGAUAUGGUAUAAAACUAUAUACAGUUUAUAAAUUAAUUUAGUAUAGGUUGAAAUAUGUUCAGUUAAAUAAUUAAUAAUUCUUUUUUUAAUACUUUUAAAUUUAUGUGUACUAUUUUUUUUGUCAACAUACAAGUUUGAUAUUUUUUAAACUUGUAUACAUGUUGGCAAAAGAAAAUUGUAUGCAUAAUAUUUUUUUUUAAGUUUAAAAUUUUAAAUAACAAAAAGGAAAAAAGAGGGAUAAUUAGGUCAUCUUCACCUUCCUAGUAGUCUCCAUUCACACUGAACGUCUCUCAAAAUCGUAUAAAACCUGAAGCGUCUCUCUAUCUUCUUCUUCCAUCACAUUCACUUUUCUAUCUACCUAUCUCUCUUUCUAUGGCUCUUGUUAGAGAACGUCGUCAGCUCAACCUCCGUCUCCCUCUCCCUCCCAUCUCCGACCGCCGCUUCUCCCUCCCCUCCAUCACCACCGCUGCCACCUCAACCGUCCUCUCUAACUCCAUCUCCGCCGCCGAUCUAGAGAAACUCAACGUCCUCGGAUGCGGAAACAGCGGAACAGUUUACAAAGUCAGCCACAAGAACACUCUCUACGCUCUGAAAACAGUCAACGGCGACAUGGACCCGAUCCUAACGAGACAACUAAUGCGAGAGAUGGAGAUACUCCGCCGCACGGACUCUCCUCACGUCGUUAAGUGUCACGGAAUCUUCGAGAAACCUCUCGUCGGCGAAGUAUCGAUUCUGAUGGAGUACAUGGACGGCGGGACUCUAGAGUCUCUCCGCGGCGCCGUGACGGAGCAGCGUCUCGCGGGGUUCGCUAGACAGAUCUUGAAAGGUCUGAGUUACUUGCACGGUCUGAAGAUCGUACACAGAGACAUAAAGCCUGCGAAUCUGCUGCUUAACUCGAAGGACGAGGUUAAGAUCGCUGACUUUGGAGUUAGCAAGAUCUUGGUCCGGUCGUUGGAUUCUUGCAACUCUUAUGUCGGGACGUGUGCUUAUAUGAGUCCGGAGAGGUUUGACUCGGGAGGAGGAAGCUCUGAUGUAUACGCUGGAGAUAUUUGGAGUUUCGGAUUGAUGAUGUUGGAGCUUCUUCUCGGUCACUUUCCGUUAUUACCGCCGGGACAGAGACCAGACUGGGCGACGCUGAUGUGUGCAGUGUGUUUUGGAGAACCGCCGCGAGCGCCCGAAGGAUGCUCUGAAGAGUUUAGGAGCUUUGUUGAUUGUUGUUUACGUAAAGAUUCUACUAAGAGAUGGACGGCGUCGCAGCUUCUCGGCCACCCUUUUCUCCAGGAAGAGCUUUGAUUUUCAGUUUCGUUUGUUAAAUUAAAAUUAAUUUAUUUUUGUAGAAUUUUGUACAUAUAAUAUAUACUCUGGAUAAAAUGAGAGAUUUGUAAGAAUCCUAACAUUGGCAUUGUAAUAUCAUCCGUCAAUGAUAAAACUAUUUCUUCAAUCUUUUUCAGU